AAUAUGGCUUAACUUCCUGUGUUGUUGUUACGGGUUUUUUUUUUUUUUGCCACUUCUUUUUGAAACUUUGUGCUGAAUGGUGAUAUCUGAGCUUUGAUGAAACAACACAAAGAAAGUUCGUUUUUAAAAUGAAAGGACAUGUAGAUUUUGGACAUAUAAAGAUGUAUGCUGUGCUGUGUUGGAUCGUAAUACUGUGCUGUUGGCAGGAAACUCAAGCCAAAUUUGAAAUCUCUAUGUUGAACAGAACCAGAGUGGCACUAGCAGGAGAACUUCUUGACUUUAAUCUGUUAGUGGCAAUUCCAGCAAACUACAGCUCGAGCCUUGUAUGCUACACUCAGAACAGGAAAAUCUGGAGUAAACCCAUUAUAGGUGAAUUUUCUGACAAAAGCGUGCCGGUGACCUCACACAUCAAAAUGCACAACAGAUCCAGUUCUGGCAAUUACUACUUUGCAUUGGAAAAUCAAAUUUUGAAAGUGCAUUGGGUGGUUCAUGUGAGAGAUAAAGGUUACGAGGAGCCAAAUGAGGAGUUGGAAGAUGGCAUCAUCACAAUGAUGGCUUUCUCAGGAAUUCUUCUCAUCUUCAGUGUUGCCGGCUCACUUUACAUAUUAAAGAGCUACAAGGAUCAACCUCCUUGUAGAGAUGACAAAAAUGCAGCAGCAGAACAGAGACCUGAGGAUAGUGACGAUGUGAUGUUGGAUGAGGAUCCUGCAUCUGCAUCACUCUACACAGCGCUACAACACAGAUCAAGCUCCAUUUAUGAUACACUGAAUGAAGAAAACACAAGCGAGACAAAUUCAAAUAAAAAGCACUGUGAAGCCCCAGAAGACAUAUUUGAUUCUGUUUAUGAAAACCUGUGAAGGAAUUAAUGAAUACAUGCUACCUGCUAGAAUGUACUUGGUGUCAAAUAAAUAUAUGUUUUAUAAUUUUGUAUAAUAUUUUUGUGUAGCAUUAAAUAAAUGAAAGAUUA